GACCGCCUUUGCCUUAGGUAGUUAAUUUUUUAGUUUAUCGUUACGGGCUACCUAGCUAUCAAUUUUUCUUCGGGAGCUGAUACGGCAGAAUUUCUUCCCAUCCCAUCUCUAAACUUAUCAACGACGGGGUGCGCGUUUGACAAAUCACUUGCGCAACCUCGACCAAUCUAAAUUACAACGAACGAUGUCGACCCCAAGACCGGAGUUCGUCAAGUUCACAGGCCACAAAUCCUUCACUCAGCGCCUAGUACUUGCGACAUUAACAGGACGGCCCGUACAUAUCUCCAAGAUCCGUUCCAACUCCCCCACGAAUCCUGGUCUCGCCCCGCAUGAGAUCUCCUUCCUCCGUUUACUAGAAGCCGUCACCAAUGGCAGUUCUAUGCAGAUAUCCUACACGGGUACCACGAUAACGUAUCAACCUGGCUUGAUCACGGGCGCCAUACCGGGCUUUGGCGCUACAGACGACGUCCUCGAACACCACCUACCCGCAAAUUGUUCGCGAGGCGUUACCUACUUCCUCCUACCGCUAUGCCUCCUCGCGCCAUUCUCUAAAUCACAUAUGAAUGUCCGCUUUACAGGGCCGGGCGUCAUAACGUCAGCCACCGAGACGGGUGACCUUUCGGUCGAUUCCUUCCGUACAGCAAUCCUACCCCUAUAUAACCUCUUUGGCAUUCCCGCAGCCCGGAUAGAGCUGCGGGUGCUUCAGCGAUCAUGCGCCGGGCCUCACGGGACCGGCGGCGCGGGUAUCGUCGAACUAAGAUUUGCGAGCCAGGUUCGGUUACCAAAGACAUUACAUCUAAACAGAAGCCCCGGCAGGAUAAAAAGGAUACGAGGCGUUGCAUAUGCAACCGGUGUGUCGGCGUCAAAUAACGCUCGCAUGAUACACUCUGCGCGUGAAAUACUCAACCCUUUCGUGUCAGACAUACAUAUCGCCGCGCAAUACGAUCAGGCGCCGUUGGUCCCGGAUGCGACAGAUAAACCGGGAAGUAAGAAAAGGCUGGGCAUCGGAUUUGGUCUUAGCUUGGUUGCGGAAUCCAGCGCUGUGGGCGUACUAUACUCGGCAGACGUUGUAGUACCACCCAAAGGAGGAAUAAUUCCUGAGGAUAUUGGGAAGAGAUGCGCAUACCAGCUCUUAGAGACAAUAAGUUUGGGAGGUUGUGUAACCGAAGCUGCUGCGCCAACCGUCUUGACGCUGAUGGCUAUGGGAUCUGAGGAUGUUGGACGUUUACGUCUUGGAAGAGAUGUUGUGGGGACGGAACAGAUUAUAGGACUGGCACGAGAUUUAAGAAAAUUCGGAGCCAGUAGUUGGGGGCUUCGGGACGCCGAAGAUGACGACUCGGGUGAAAUAAUAGUUUCGGUAAAGGGGACUGGAGUCGGCAACGUGGGCAGAAAGACUGCGUAGUAAUGAUAUCCUUGAAAUUUAU